AUGGCUGAAUACAAAGUCACCUACGAGUCCGAAUUGGAUGCUUUCCAUCCCUCCUUCCGCUACGAACAACGCGAUCCAAAGGAGGACUGGAAGACUUCUGCUCUUCGAGGGCCAUCACUGCCGGUGCUUGGUAACGCGGUCGCGGGCGCUUUUGGUUCUGCGAUUGCAAACGUGAUCGUUUACCCACUCAACGUGAUUGUUGCUCGUCUUCAGACACAGGAGAAGAAAGAUCCAUCGGACAAGGAUUCCUCUGGGGAGCCCGAGUAUAAGGACAUCAUCGAUGCCGCGAAGAAAAUCUACGAGCACCCGGGCGGCCAAGAGCAAAACGUCAUGCUCCCCAUCUGGGAUGAACUUGCGGUGGGCAUGCUUGCCGGAGCGUUCUCAAAGCUCUUCACCACUCCGCUGAGCAACAUCGUCACCCGUAAACAAACCGCCGCGCGAAAGAGUAAAAAGGGCGAGAAGGAGCCCAGCACCGCAGACAUUGCCGCCCAGAUUCGGGCCGAAAAGGGCCUGAGUGGGUUCUGGUCAGGAUAUUCGGCAGCUUUGGUGCUGACGCUCAAUCCGUCCAUUACCUUCUUUUUGAACGAGGCGCUGAAAACUGCCCUCAUUCCAAAGGCGCGGCGUCAACGACCGUCGCCGGCGGUGACCUUCCUCAUUGCCGCCCUGAGCAAAUCGACCGCUUCUUCCAUCACCUAUCCAUUCUCCUUGGCCAAGACCCGGGCGCAGGCGCUCGGGAACUCCCAAAAGGCCGCCUCGCAAGGCUCGGGUUCGGAUGCGAUCUUGGCCGCAUUCACUCCCAAGAUUUUCUCCGCCGUCGCGACGAUCUACCAAAAAGAAGGCAUUUCAGCAUUGUAUGCUGGUCUGCCCGGCGAGGUCUUGAAAUCAUUCUUCUCCCACGGAUUCACCAUGCUGGCCAAGGAUGCAAUCUACGCGUCUAUUGUCAAAUUCUACUACCUUUUGCUGAUCGUGGCGCGCCGGUAUCCUUCUCCCGAAGAGCUCCUUGCCCGUGCUCGUGAACAAGCCGAAGAAUAUGGCGAGAUUGUUCGCGAGGGCGCCCGCGAGUAUGCGGAACAGACACGCGAAGGGGCGGAGGACGCUCUCAAGACCCAGUCUGGAGGUGUCGCCGUGGAUAUGACCUCCGAUCCAGCCACGAUGGCUGCUGCCGCCAAAGAAGCGCCAGGACUGGACCCUUCCUCGGCAGUAUCCCAGGUUGCGGGCGAGGUGAAUGAAACCGCGGAAUUAGUAGGUGACUAUGUUGAAGACGAGGCUGCCAACUGGAGGAUGAUGUACCGUUGGUUUUGGGUGAAGGAUCGAAUGAAAGGCUGA